AUGAAUGAUCCUCUUGAAGAAACAAUUACAAAUGUCAAAUCGUUUAAUUCUGAAAUUGAAACCACAAAUAAUAAUAAUUCUCUUGAAGAAAUUGAGAUCUUUUUGAUAGAAUCUUUUAUUUCUUCAUUACUUGAUGGUAAAGCAGUACAUCAUCAGAGAUCAACGGUAAAAUUUCAAAAGUCAAUAGUUCUUAUGUUGGUGAAGUUUAAGGAGUAA